GAGGGAAGCGCAUCCAGCGUCCCCGGCGGCGGCCCGGUGCCGCGCGCUCGGGCGGCCGGCGGGCGCGGGCCGGCGCGAUGGAGCCGCUGCACGUGCGCCCCGCGCCUGGCGCCUGCAGCCCGGCCUGCGAGGAACCGGAGUCGGAGAGGAUGGCCGGGGCCGGCGGCCAGCACCACCCUCCGGGGGCCGCGGGAGGCACGGCGGCCGGGCCCAGCGCCGCGGUCACCCCCGCGGCUGCCUCGGCGGGGCCGGGAGAGGAUUCGUCCGACAGCGAAGCGGAGCAAGAGGGUCCUCAGAAACUGAUCCGCAAAGUGUCCACCUCGGGGCAGCUCCGGACCAAGACCAGUAUUAAAGAGGGACAACUGUUGAAGCAAACCAGUUCUUUCCAAAGGUGGAAAAAGCGAUACUUCAAGCUUCGAGGCCGUACACUUUAUUAUGCAAAGGACUCAAAGUCUCUGAUAUUUGAUGAAGUUGACCUCUCAGAUGCCAGUGUAGCUGAAGCAAGCACAAAAAAUGCUAACAACAGUUUCACGAUAAUCACUCCAUUCAGAAGACUAAUGCUAUGCGCUGAGAACAGAAAGGAGAUGGAGGAUUGGAUCAGCUCACUGAAGUCUGUACAGACCAGAGAACCUUAUGAGGUGGCCCAGUUUAAUGUGGAACAUUUCUCAGGGAUGCAUAACUGGUACGCCUGCUCCCAUGCCCGACCCACUUUCUGUAACGUGUGCCGAGAGAGCCUUUCUGGAGUCACCUCCCAUGGCCUGUCCUGCGAAGUAUGUAAAUUCAAGGCCCACAAAAGGUGUGCCGUGAGGGCCACAAAUAACUGCAAAUGGACGACGCUGGCCUCCAUUGGGAAGGACAUCAUAGAGGACGAGGAUGGGGUGGCUAUGCCUCACCAGUGGCUGGAGGGUAACUUGCCCGUGAGUGCCAAGUGUGUUGUGUGUGACAAAACGUGUGGCAGCGUUCUUCGUCUGCAAGAUUGGAAAUGCCUUUGGUGUAAAACAAUGGUACACACUGCCUGCAAAGACUUAUACCAUCCUAUAUGUCCACUUGGCCAAUGUAAAGUGUCUAUCAUUCCGCCAAUUGCACUAAACAGCACUGAUUCUGAUGGUUUCUGUAGAGCAACGUUUUCAUUCUGUGUUAGUCCUUUACUGGUUUUUGUCAACUCCAAGAGUGGAGAUAAUCAGGGAGUCAAGUUCCUUCGACGAUUUAAACAGUUACUAAAUCCAGCUCAGGUGUUUGAUUUAAUGAAUGGAGGUCCUUAUUUGGGUUUAAGAUUAUUCCAGAAGUUUGACAAUUUCCGGAUUCUUGUUUGUGGAGGAGAUGGAAGUGUAGGUUGGGUUUUGUCAGAAAUUGAUAAGCUCAACUUGAAUAAACAGUGUCAGCUUGGAGUGCUGCCUUUGGGUACCGGAAAUGACCUGGCCCGGGUUCUCGGCUGGGGUGGUUCAUACGAUGAUGACACUCAGCUUCCCCAGAUACUAGAGAAGCUGGAACGAGCCAGUACCAAAAUGCUGGACAGGUGGAGUAUAAUGACCUAUGAACUCAAAUUGCCACCAAAGGCUUCUCUACUUCCAGGACCUCCAGAAGCACCUGAAGAAUUUUAUAUGACAAUUUAUGAAGAUUCAGUUGCAGAUCAUCUUACAAAAAUCCUUAAUUCUGAUGAACAUGCAGUAGUCAUAUCAUCUGCUAAGAUACUAUGUGAAACUGUAAAGGACUUCGUUGCCAAAGUAGAGAAGGCAUAUGACAAAACGUUGGAAAAUGCUGUUGUAGCUGAUGCCGUGGCCAGCAAAUGCUCAGUCCUCAAUGAGAAGCUUGAACAACUGCUCCAGGCUUUGCGUACCGAUUCCCAGGCUGCGCCCGUUCUCCCAGGCAUCAGCCCUGUCCUUGUAGAAGAAGAUACAGUGGAAUCUUCGAGUGAAGAGUCCUUGUGUGAAAGCAAGGAACAACUCUUGGAUGACACUACAAAACCUUCCUCCCAGAAAGCAGUGAAACCAAAGGAAAUAAUGUUGCGGGCAAAUAGUUUAAAGAAAGCAGUGAGGCAAGUCAUUGAAGAAGCCGGAAAAGUUAUAGAUGACCAGACAGUUCACCCCUGUGAGCCAGUUAAUCAAUCAUUCGAUUAUGAUAGUACAGAAACAGAUGAAUCUAAAGAAGAAUCUAAAGAUGAUGAUGCAAAAGAGUCAUUAACUGUUAAAACUGCACCUCGGUCUCCAGAUGGCCGGGCAAGUCGUUCCCAGACGGACUCUGGCCCUGGCCCAACUGUGGCAGCCAGCAAAGAAAACCUCCCUGUGCUCAACACCAGAAUAAUCUGCCCAGGUUUAAGAGCAGGACUAGCUGCCUCAAUUGCUGGGAGUUCUAUUAUCAACAAAAUGUUACUAGCGAAUAUUGAUCCUUUUGGUGCAACGCCAUUUAUUGACCCAGAUCCAGACUCAGUAGAUGGAUAUUCAGAAAAAUGUGUCAUGAACAAUUACUUUGGGAUUGGAUUAGAUGCAAAAAUUUCAUUAGAAUUUAAUAAUAAGAGAGAGGAGCACCCUGAAAAAUGCAGGAGCCGAACUAAAAACUUGAUGUGGUAUGGAGUCCUUGGAACUCGGGAGUUAUUACAGAGAUCAUACAAGAAUUUAGAACAGAGGGUUCAGCUUGAGUGUGAUGGACAGUAUAUUCCUCUCCCCAGUCUGCAAGGAAUAGCAGUAUUGAACAUUCCCAGCUAUGCCGGAGGCACUAACUUUUGGGGUGGAACUAAAGAGGACGAUAUAUUUGCUGCACCAUCAUUUGAUGACAAGAUCCUGGAAGUCGUUGCAAUAUUUGAUAGUGUGCAAAUGGCGGUUUCAAGGGUCAUUAAACUACAGCAUCAUCGAAUAGCCCAGUGCCGUACAGUAAAAAUCACUAUAUUUGGUGAUGAGGGAGUCCCAGUGCAGGUGGAUGGUGAAGCAUGGGUUCAGCCUCCAGGGAUUAUCAAAAUUGUGCACAAAAACAGAGCUCAGAUGCUAACAAGGGACAGGGCUUUUGAAAGCACUUUAAAAUCUUGGGAAGAUAAGCAGAAGUGUGAUUCUGGUAAACCAGUUAUUCGAACCCAUUUGUACAUCCAACAUGCUGUUGACUUGGCAACGGAGGAGGUGUCUCAGAUGCAGCUGUGCUCCCAGGCUGCGGAGGAGCUCAUUACGAGGAUUUGUGAUGCAGCCACAAUCCACUGUCUCUUGGAGCAGGAACUGGCCCACGCUGUGAAUGCUUGCUCCCACGCACUGAAUAAAGCCAAUCCCCAGUUCCCAGAGAGUCUUACGAGAGACACUGCCACUGAAAUAGCCAUCAAUGUGAAGGCACUAUAUAAUGAAACGGAAUCUUUACUGGUUGGCAGAGUCCCUUUGCAGCUGGAAUCCCCACACGAGGAGCGGGUGUCCAGUGCCUUACACUCUGUGGAGGUGGAGCUGCAGAAGCUAACAGAGAUCCCUUGGCUUUAUUACAUCCUCCACCCAAAUGAGGAUGAGGAGCCGCCUAUGGAUUGCACCAAGAGAAACAGCAGAAGCACAGUGUUUCGCAUAGUGCCAAAAUUUAAAAAGGAAAAGGUUCAGAAGCAGAAGAUAAGUUCACAGCCUGUUCAGAAAUGGGGCACAGAGGAAGUUGCUGCUUGGCUGGAUCUGAUCAAUUUGGGAGAGUACAAAGAAACCUUCAUCCGUCAUGACAUCAGAGGGGCUGAACUUUUGCAUCUGGAAAGGCGAGAUCUUAAGGACCUGGGGAUAUCGAAAGUGGGUCAUAUGAAGCGAAUUCUCCAGGGAAUUAAGGAGCUUGGAAGGAGCACUCCCCAGUCUGAGGUGUAAUCAUAUUGGUGCUAUUCCUUAGAAGGGAAGUAAUUGCUAUUGAAUACAAAGGCCUUGGAAGCAGUUGACUGUUCUAUAGUUUUCUGCCCAGAUAAGUAAGCACCACUGAAGCACCUCCAUGGCUUGAUAUUUUGCCGUUGGUGAAAAUUUUGAUUUGAGGUAUUAGAAAAUAUUUUUGUGUCAAAAAAUACAUUCCACAAAGCUAUUUUCUUACUGUGCA